AUGGCUGAAGAUCGGCUACACUUCAGCUAUCAUACGAGGGAAGGCCACAGUGGCGUCGUCUCUGCGCUCAUCAACUGUGCCAAAGCGCGCCCAGAACUCGAAUCUGGGAUGGGAGCAAGAGAUAUGGUGAGGAUGAUGGAUGGCUAUAAAGACACAGCUUUGCACAAGGCGGUGAGGAAAGGGCAUUUUGAAGUUGUUAAAUUGUUGGUCAAAGAGGAUCCCGAAUUUGAGUUUGGUGCCAAUGAGGCAGGGGAAACCCUAACAAUGAAAAGAAAGAGGAACGACGAAACCAGGAUGGAAAUGGAAAUGAGACAUCCUAAGGAAAGGUCGGUUAGUAGUGCGGGGAAGAUGGCUAAGGCACACAUUGUAGUGGUGGCUCUAAUAGUCACAGUUUCCUCCUCUUCUCGGGCUAUAAUGAACACGGGUGGAUUGUAA